GCUUCGUGCCGCUACAGCUGAACAGUGUCACACUGGUCAAAACAAACGUCCUUUCUCUGAAGCUUUUAUGGGAUAAACAUGAUGUUUUACUGCCCUCGGUUUGGUCUCUCUGGCAGCCACACAUGGCGGACUUAUCGCGCCUCACGGCAGACGGUUGACUAAACCGUUCCGCCUGCUUUGAAUGCAGGGCUACCUGCGAGGUAACGCUCAGGGAGAAUUGUGUGCUUGGACUCGGUUUCCGGAAGAUCAUUGUAGCCUUCCUGAAAGAAAGAAAAUGGAAUCCUGAAAUCGCACUCAGCUAAACAGUGAAGCGAUUAUCGGCGAAUUGUAGAGGAACAUUUGGGUGGCACAAAGACAUUUCUCCCAGCAUCACAGAACAGGUAAAGUCGCGUUGAUUUGCUGACAGGCUGAUUAUUGGUUUUGGUUGGCUUUAUUUUCAUUAGCUGGUUAAUUUUAGCUUUGGUAAUGCUCUGACUGUGAACGUCACUAGUUGACGUCGCUGCUUUGCUUGAGGCGAUGAUGCUAAUGGUGUUGUUAAUGUAUUUUCACCGAAACUCAGACCUUAAACUGAUGUCUAGCGACAGCAACAGGGAAAAUAUCGAGUUUACACUAUGUUUCUUAAUGUUACUGACAGCUCACUCAAAAAAGUAAUCACGUAAAGGUAAGUUAACGAGGAUUGCUCUCAAAUAAGUUCGUUGCUAUGUUAGCAUUAGCUUACAUUAGGUGUCCUGUUUAAAGUGGGUAAGAGCCGCUCGGCUAGUUUACAUGGGAGCUAACAAGUGUUAGCGUCGUCCAAGAUCGGUGUUCUUUUGAAAAUUCGGAGAUAACGUCGUGAGUCGACGAUUGAAAUAGUGUCGAACUUUUCCAAUUUAAUUCACCAACAAUCACCAUCGACAAUUAUAAAUAUUGACUCGUUUAUCAGCUGUUACCGGAUGAAGUUGCCACAGUGAGACGCUAUGUUUGAUGCUAAAAGCUAGCGAACGCUAAGCUAACUUUAGCUAAAUGAUGCCAUUUUGUUUUGAAGUCGACUUUGUGAAACACACUGCUUUUCUUCACGAUUAAAAAAACUUAGAAGCAUCGGUAACAUUUUUAAACGUUUCCCGGUCUAACAUUCACAUUUCUCAGUGUGGUUAAGAAAAGUACGGUAAAUGUUUGGGGUUAUCGGCUCAGCUCGGGACAGUUGUGACAUGGGAAGUUAGCAUGCUCGACUAUGCUAACAGGAGCUACAGGGUCAUGGGUAAGAGAUGACUGUGUCGCACCGAAGUAUUUGUCAACACAUCAAAACGGCCAUUACAUUAAUUGCCGACAGAGUGUGAAUACUCGAUAUUUGUCGAGCCAUAAGCUCUCUUUAUAUCUUUUAUAGUGUCCUUAAAAUUAGCAGCCUCAAUAAACCACACUGAUUAUUUCGUCGACUGGGGUCUAUCCGUCUGAACUAAAGUACAGCCUGUGUGUUUCCUCCUUUGUAUUACAGCAACUGGGUCUUGCUGCGGUUCUGAGAAGAUCCCCUGACCCUCCUUCUGAAUCAAUGGAGGGGUCUGACAGCUUAGAUCAGAGUGGCAGUGACCAGCCGGAGUCACCACGCAGAAGGCAGCUGGACCGCCUCAGCAGGGAAGAGGCCUUCUACCAGUUUGUCAACAAUCUCAGCGAUGAGGAUUAUCGUCUCAUGAGAGACAACAAUCUUCUGGGCACCCCAGGUAAAAACAAACAAAACAAAAAAAUAUUAUUAUUAUUAUACCAGUCUGCUGUCUUGUGACAGGAAUCUGUGAUUGUAGUGAUUCUGAUAUUUAAACAAUUAUCCAAAGUUUGAUUACAAAAUAUGAUAUGGCUUUAUUAGACGCUCAAGUUUCUGAAGAUUUGAAGAAACCUCUGAAAAAUCCAUCCUCCCUUGUAUGUGUGCAACAUGAGAUUUUGUUGGUUUUUCAUUUUAUAUGCUGUUUUUGAAGAUUCUUGUUCGGAACUGAUUUUAUAAUUAUGCUCAAGAGUAAAACAAUGGACUGUGUUCAGACUUGUGCAUAUAUAGGGGUAUGAAAACUAGACAGGAAACAAAAUUGUUUGAUUAAUGUGAUUUGGCAGACUUAAACUGUUGAAUAUAUUCUGUGUUACAUGCUUCCCCACAUUAAAAGUUAUUCAGUGGGCUGUUAAAACUUACACUGCCACUUCAGUCGGGAUGUUAAGCGUGAUGCUUUCUUUAAAGUGUAAUCCAUAUCCAGGUCCAAAUGCUCAUUUACUUCCCUGUCAACCUCCAGCUCUUUGUGUUUAUUUAUUUUUGAAUAAAAACCAAGACAAUAUCAAAACACAUAGUAAGCUUGUAGAAAAGCAACUUGUCAUCCGUGCAGUCAUCAAACAUUUUAAUGUUUAAACUAGCACAAGGAGCUCAGCAAACACAGUACUAGUCAUGGCCUUAUACUGGUUCUUUACUAACAGGUUCAACAAAAGUUUCCUUUAAGAAGUCUACCCUUUUGUAUAUUUUGACUGGUCUUCAAAUUUGGCUUGUUUUUUGUUGACUGAGCUGCUAAGGCAAACCAGCCCAUCCUACAUAUAGUAGUAUCUGGAGGCAAUGGUUCACAUCAGCGGAGGGACAGGAUCAGGGCACAGACUGUGUGAGCGGUGAUAAUUAACAGGACAACUGUGUAUUUUGAUGACUGUUUCUAAUGUUAUAUUUCAAGUCCUUUCAAUUUUAUUAUUUAUAAUUUCAAAAGUUAUCUAUGUCAGUUAAUACGACAUAUCAUCACAAGCUUAUGUUCACUGAUUUACUCUGUCAUUUAGGAAUGUAACUGAAUUUAUCAUCUUUAUCUGUAUCUCCCCCAUCAGAUAUAUAUUCAAACACAAAAAUGAGGAGUUUUGUCUUCUGCUUGCCAUAAAGUAUGAUAGUUUUAUAAAACAUUAAGCUUAGUGGGUUUAGGCUAGUUUGGGAUUUGUCACAAUGUGCCAAAUGCAACAGACUGAACUGCUGAAGAUGCCCAAUCCGUUUCUGUCCCAGGAUAGUGAGAAGGAGGAAUGUAAGUUUGGAGCAUCCUUUAGUGGAGCAUCCUGCAGGGAGAGGGCAUUGAAUGGACGGUGGCAUGCCCUGGUAAGUCUGGAGGUUUUCAGUAUUGUCCUGUUGCUGUGUUCUUAGAAAACCAUACAGCUCAUGGGCCGAUAAAAUCCCCAACUUGGAAAAUGUUAUUUUCUAAUGUGACACAUGUACAUCACCUGCAAAACCUAUCACCUUUUAUUUUUUUCUCUGAAGCUGUCUGCCUGUGACUGGGCUACCCUUUAACACAUUUACAUUGUUUGAUCUCUUUAUUGGAAGUCAAGCAUCCUCCUCCCAACCGCACAUAAGCAGUAUCUCCUUUACCUUACGUUUCUGCAUAGAGUAGAGAAGAGGAAGUGACAAAACACUGUACAGCCUUCAAAAAGUCUGGACUAGGUAAACAUGUUUCAUCUUUAACGCAAAUAUUUUGUGUUUAACUGUCUGUUUCAGGAGAAGCAACUCAAGAUGAGCUCAUUAGUAGACUCCAGCAGAUAAAGGAUGGUCCAGAGCAGCAGGAAACCACCCCCACCCCUGAAAGUGGAGAGGACCCAACUGGUAUAUAUAUAUUUUUUUUCUUCCAGCUUAGCCAUACUGCCAAUUUUAUGUAUGAUUAAUCACCUGUUAACUCUGCUGAUUUUCAGAACCCCCAGAAGAUUCUGAGGAUCCUGCGAGUGGGGAUAGCCUCUUGGACUUACUGAACACAGUGAGGCGAACAGGCAACACAACUAGAACUGGGCAUCGUGGAAACCAGUCAUGGCGAGCCAUAAGCCAAACUAACCCAAACAGUGGUGAUUUCCGCUUCAGCUUGGAGAUAAGUGUCAACCGCAACCUGGCUGAACAACAGGCUGCAGCAGAAGGGGAGCGGGAGACUCCCGAUGAUACUCCAGAAGAGCCCACAGAGAGCGCCCCAGAGGAAUCUCCAGAAGUCUCCCUAGAAGAGGCACCCGUGAGCCAAGAGGUUUUAGUUAAUGCUGAACCUCAGGUCCCCAUGGAGACGGAGGUGGUGGAAGAACCAGUCGUAGAGGAGUUGGCUGUCGUAGUGGAACCAGAGCCUGAACUGGAAGAGUUUGUCUCUCAAGAGGUUUUAGAAGAACCACCCAGCCCACCUGCUACAGUUCCCCUGCCAGUGCAACCUCCACUUUCUCCUUCUCCACGUAGAGGGCAAAGGAGGCCCCGCAGUCGCAGUCCAGAGCCACGCAGGACUAGGGCCCGUACAGCCAGGAGCCGAUCUCCUCUCAACUUGGAUCAGAUGGAUGGUAUUGCUUAUCCUCGUAGUGCCCAUAGCUUUCAAGGCCCCAACACCUCCCCCAAUAACCAUCCUACCCCUCAAGUAGAGGGCAGUUCCCGGACUCGGCAACAUGUUCUUUCUAGACAAAGCAAUGUAGAUAGUGAUGUUCAGCCCUCAGGGGCUGACCCAGAAACAGUUCCAGAGACACAAAAUGUCACAUCUCAGGAAGGAGAAGCUGCUGGGGGAGAGGGAAGUGCUGCUGGGCGCCGUCCCCCUACUAUUAUGCUUGAUCUUCAGGUGCGCCGUGUUCGUCCAGGCGAGUACCGUCAGAGAGACAGCAUUGCUAGUCGUACCCGUUCACGCUCCCAGAACUCUAAUAACACAUUUCUUUAUGAAAGUGAACGUGGUGGUUUUCGAAGGACUUUCUCACGUUCUGAGCGUGCUGGUGUCCGGACCUAUGUCAGCACAAUACGCAUCCCUAUCCGAAGAAUCUCUGAUGCAGGUUUAGGGGAGGCAACCUCAAUGGCUCUUCAGUCAAUGAUUCGGCAGAUUAUGACUGGUUUUGGUGAACUCGGUUACCUCAUGGAUUCAGAUUCUGACUCUUCAGAUUCAAACCGAGGGGCCAACACAACUGCUGAUCUGUCUGAAGCUCUCAACAACCCAGAAGCUGCUCCUGCUGCUCCACCUCCUGCUGCUGAUGUUGAGGAACCCCCUGUGGCAGCAGGAAUCAGAGCAAGGACAGCUGAGACUGAUGUGGAUGAGGGCCUUGCUACUGGUCCACUUGCCCCUGGUGGUAGGGCUCGACCAAGACCCCCUAUUAGUCUAGAAGAGCCCAGCUCAUUGCCCUUCCUGAGGCUUGCUCACUUCUUCCUCUUAAAUGAUGAUGAUGAGGACCAGCCCCAAGGGCUGACCAAAGAGCAGAUUGAUAACCUCUCCAUGCGCAACUUUGGGGAGAGUGAUGCACUGAAAACUUGCAGUGUAUGUAUAACAGAGUAUGCAGAAGGGAACAAGCUGCGCAAGCUUCCUUGUUCUCACGAGUACCACGUGCACUGUAUUGAUCGCUGGCUGUCAGAAAACUCCACCUGUCCAAUCUGCCGCAGGGCUGUCCUUGUAUCAGCCAACCGAGAGAGUGUGGUGUAGCUCACAGAAGACUGUAGGCCUUUUGUCACAACCUCAGUAAACCAGUAUCCCAAGUCUAUAAGGUGGAGUUCAGAAAAAUGUGUUUCCACUUAUCACUCUUCAUACCAUUUGUGAGUUUGAUUUUGAUGAAGUCGCAGGUUUGAUUUGGGGAUUCUCUAUACUGUUGUUUAAGGACAUUAUCAAUCUCUAGGAAGGCAUAUAUUAUUGCAGUAUAAAGUAAGGCACAAGCAAUGCAUGCUGAUGGAAUCAACCUGCAGUGACCAAACGUUUUUUUUUCUUUUUUCUUUUCUUUUUUUUUUCUCAUUGUGUUCAGCUAUGCUCUGGUAGGCUGUUGUGUCAUUAAGAACCCCCGGUUUAAGAAUGCUGCACACUCAGUAGUUCAGGCACAAUUACUCUGGUAUUGACACCCUAACCGGUGCCUUAUUUACUAGAAGAUGGUAUUGGUACAGUUCCUAGUUACACCAGUUUAAAGUAUUAGCUGUAAAUAAGCUUGUAAAAAAAUAAUUUUGAUUCAUACUUUGUAUCAGUAAUUUGGGUUUGGAUUGUAAAUUAUGUAAUAUGAAGAUUAGGGUGGUGUUGAUGGAAAUGACUCUAUCAGAGCAUCUCUCAGUUUGGUGUCAGAUAAGUUCUAUCAGUUCACAACUCAGAGUAAUGUCUUGGUUGUGAUGUCCAAAGGACAUCGAACAUCAAUAGGAUUGCCAUUUACAUGGGAAAGAAAUUGCUAUUUUGGUGUGGCAUAAAGUAUACCAUGAGCACUGAAUUGUUUUUCAAAAUAAAAUAUACAAGUAUAAUGAAACGAUAAAUCAACCCUUUUUUUAAUAACCUUUGCAGAAGGCAUGUUUAUUUUAUUUUGAACCCUUUAACAGCGCUUUUCUGUUGAAUUGAAAAUGAUUUUGUAUUAAAGCAAAAAGUUAGAGAUGUCUCUGUAAUGGUAGAAGCUGACGGGUUGAAAACAGAUUUUUGGCAUGUGAAUAUUCCCACCUGAAAAUACUAACAGGCAUGAAUACAGAAACUUGAAAUAGUUUCCUUGGUUUUCCCACUUGUAAAAAUGACAUUUACUGUUUCAUGUACGACAAUGAGCUCACACUGAUUUUUUUAUUUUUUCAUUUGGCAUUUGUUCCAUCAAUUGGAUUCUGCUCCUUUGCUUUUUUUCAGGUACAUAAUGAUUCUUUAAUUUUAUUGACUAAUGAGUUAAGUUCUCUAAGCCAGGGAGGUAUAUAGUACAUUGACCCUUUGUGGCCAAGACUGAAAUGUGGACCUGUCGUCAAGAUUUCUCCCCCUGCUGCUUCAUCCUAAUGGACGAGUCAAUGUAUUGAGCCAGAGUUCCAAGAUUCAGACAUUCACCGAAACCCACAUCGUCCUCUUGUAAUGAAAGGCCCCAAAACAAAGCCAAGAUUUUCACUUUUUGUACCCUCAUCCUGCUUAACGAGCAGAUGCUUCAUAUCAGUGUGCAAUACAUGCUAGGUAAAAGUAGGGGAAUACAAACCAUGAUAUUAUUAUUGUAUGAUAUUGUUAAAGCUGUUGUUAAAGGUUAAAAUGUUAAAUGAAGACAUAAACUUUUUAAAUGUGUUUAAGUUCAUUCUAUUUAGAAGUUCUGUAGGUUUUAAUAGCACUGUUGAUGAACAGGAACACUGGCGUAAGUAAGAAAGGGCACCAUAAGCAAUGCCGGCCUGUUGUGUUUCUUGUUUCACUGUUUGAUGUUUUUGCCACAAAUAUAACCUCCCUUGAGAUAAGUGUGGGAAAUAACAUUUGAAUGCAAGACGUUGUCAUUGUUGAAUACCAUAAUAAACAUGUAAAUGAAAUGUAUGAUCCCUUUAAGGCCUUGCUUUAGUUAUGGCCUUCCUCUGUGACCCACCCACUGCAGUAUGUAAGUGGGUGUUAAAUGAAACUAACCGCUGAAUUAAAAAAAAAAGCUAUACUUAAGAAUGGAUUGUAGAUAUGUAUUCUGUGCAAGUUACUUUGACAUUGUUUUACUCUUCAUCAAAGUGCACACAUGACUUUUCUGCCUGAAGGUUUAAUAACUUAAAUACACAAUUGUCCCUUUGGUUUGACAAUUAAUACACA